CAGACGCCCAGCACCUGGGAAGAGUCGGGGCUUCGCUACGAUAAGGCCUUCCCCGGGGACAAAAGGCUGAGCGUGAUGACCGUCGUCAAGUCCAGGACAUUCCGGGAAAAGCAAGGGAAGAUCCUGCUGGAAGGUCGCCGGCUGAUCGCGGACGCCCUCAAGGCCGGCGCUGUGCCCAAAAUGUUCUUCUUCAGCCGCCUGGACUACCUGAAGGAGCUGCCCGCCGAUAAGCUGAAGGGGGUCCGCCUCGUUAAGGUGAAGUUUGAGGAUAUCAAGGAAUGGUCCGACCUAGUAACACCGCAAGGAAUCAUGGGGAUUUUUGCCAAACCUGAUCACGUUAAGAUGACAUUCCCAGCGACUCAGCUUCGCCAUUCACUGCCCUUAUUGUUGAUUUGUGACAAUCUCCGAGACCCUGGGAACCUGGGGACGAUUCUGAGAUCUGCUGCUGGGGCAGGUUGCAGCAAAGUAUUACUCACCAAAGGCUGUGUGGAUCCCUGGGAGCCCAAAGUGCUGCGGGCAGGUAUGGGUGCGCAUUUCCAGGUGCCCAUCAUCAACAACCUGGACUGGGAAACGGUGCCCAAGUACUUGCCCGACGAUACCCGGGUCUACGUGGCAGACAACUGUGGCCUUUACACCCAGGCCCAGAAAUCUAAUAAAGCCAGUGACCAUGGCUGGAUCUGUGACCAACAACUCUCGAAGAUUCACAAGUAUGAGGAAGAGGAGGAGGAGGAUCUAGAAACUGGAGCCAGUAAAGACUGGCUCCCUGAACUUGAGGUCCAGAGUUACGACUUGGACUGGACAGAGGCCCCAGCAGCUGUGGUCAUAGGUGGGGAGACGCAUGGCCUGAGCUUGGAGUCCCUGCAGUUGGCUGAGAGCACGGGGGGCAAGAGGCUGCUGAUCCCUGUAGUGCCUGGGGUGGACAGCCUGAACUCGGCCAUGGCCGCCAGCAUCCUCCUUUUUGAAGGGAGAAGACAACUGCGGCUCAGGGCGGAACACUUGAGCGGGGACAGGAGUUAGUUACCCCUGAGAGGGGAUGUGGAAGUCAUCCUUGGUUUGAGGCUGUCUCUAGCUCUCCUACAUUAGGCUGGCAGAGUUGGUCAUUAUGGCUUCCCAACAGCGAGGCAUAAAACUGUUGGGGCGGUUAUUAAAAAUUAGGAAUUUCCUUGAAUUUUUGCUUAUUCUUAAAAAUAACAAAGGUCAGGAUUCUUCCCGAGA